UAGAAUUUCAGUUUGGCAGAGAACUUUGUGCCGUCAACAUCCAAACGCCAGGAACAACAGAAACGACGGUCACGCGUUUACUCUUUGGCAACAUUCCAUCACUUCCUCUUCACAAACUCGGCCGUGUCGCUUAUUUAGAGCAUCUCACACUUUUCGAUUCAUUGUUUUAUUUUAUCAAACCUCGAAAAUCGGACAGCAAAAAUCAGUUGAAGAUAACGUGGAACUCUUUUCUAUGUCGAUUAGUGCAAUCAACGUUUGUCUGACAGUUGUGAUUAUCAGCAGCGUCGCUCUCCGACCGCAGUGUUGUGCUAUUUUUACUGUUUUGUGUUGAAAUAAAUGACAAAGUGGCAUCAAUCUUCUCACGAAAAGCAAUUCAGACGGAUAGCAACACUACGCGACAACUACGGCAAGCGUUGAGUGCAGUAGCAGCUGUGCCAGGCAGAGAAUCUACGUGCGUGCGGACGAAGUGACAAUGUUUUAAAUGCAAAGUCAGGUUGCAGUUUGCCGCCUUCCGUCCGCCGUUGUCAGUGGAGUAUCAUCCUCUUCAGCAAAGCCAGGUGGGAUACCGGCCGGGUGGAAAACAAACCAGGCCAAGUUCGAACCACUGCCUAGUGCCGGCCGACCAGUGAUUCGUGAUACAUAUAUAAUUUAGUGAUACACCAAUUGAAGCCAAUUACGAGCAGAGUGUGAGCGGACGGAGUGGAGUGAGUGUUAGUCUGCCAGUCUGUUUGCCUAUAUGUAUAGAAUAAAACGCACAGCACCGCACAGCAAAAUAUAACAAACGCAACAUAAAUAACCGGGUCCGGAUCGUGCCGCCAGGGUGGGCGAAACAUCUGCCGUUCAGAUCGAUCGGAGGGAAUCGAACGACACACAUCACGCACUAUAGUGAAAACCAACGACGGUUAUUAAUGGGUGGCGACCGAAACGACCGCAAACCAGCAACGCCGGUACCACGCUUCCUGUUCUAGAUGAAAGGACUUAACAGGACGAAAUGUCGCAUCGUUAGACGCUUGUUUUUGUUUUUCGCCACCCUCUCGAUCAUCCCGUUCACCGUGCUGUACCUGAUUACCUCGGAACAUCUGGUCCGGUUCAGAGCGUACAAUUUCAGCACCAAUGGCUCCCGACAUCCGCUACAGUUUCACGCGGUGCACCAUCUGGCGCCACCAGCCGCCUAUCGCAUUCACAACGGCCACCAUGAAGAGUACAAUAAUCACCAGGCACAGCACACCGACCAGCAGCAACCUAGGGCUAUUAAAAACGGCACCGGCAACCAGUAUAUGAUAGACUUGGAGUACAUGAAGCACCGGAUGGCGAAUCGAGUGUCACGUUUGCAAGAGAAGUGUACCGAGUACGGAUUAAAUGUACCGAAGCAAAACUACAAACCAAAAGCAUGGGAAUAUCUCAUCAAUCGCGAGUACCAUCUGGUCUGGUGCAACGUAUUCAAGGCCGCAUCCACCUCGUGGAUGUACAACUUCAACUUGUUGGCCGGUUAUGCGCCUCAGUUCCUUAAGAGAACCAAAGAUGUUCCACUGCAGCUAGCACGUCUGAAGUAUCCUAGGCCCUCAGUUGAAACCCUCCGCGAGGCCAUCAACGAUUCGAUCUCAUUCGUCAUCGUGCGGCACCCGUUUGAAAGACUGGUUAGCGCUUACAAAGAUAAAAUUCAAUACGCACUACCGAACUCGCAUCAUCACAAGCUCGGCAUACGUAUUAUUCAAAAAUAUCGAAAAGUUAUCAAGGGUCAGCCCUGGAACACUCAAAAGUAUCCGACAUUCCCCGAGUUCGUCAAUUAUCUGCUGGACGAGGUUCGGCAUCCGCACGCCGAGAUCGACAUGCACUGGAUCCCGGUGACGUACUUUUGUACACCCUGUUUCUUCCACUACGAUGUGAUAGCCAAGUUCGAGACCCUGGAGGAGGACCAAUCCUACCUGAUCUCGGUGGCCAAAUUAGGAAAAAUGAUUAAGCCUCAGUGGAAGAAUGCCGGCAAGGGAGCGCACACCAACGAAGUGGUGCUAAAACUUUUCUCAGAAUUGAACGAAGAGCAGUUCCGCGGUUUGUACGAGUACUACAAAUACGACUUCGAGUUGUUCGGUUACGGUAUGGAGGAGUAUUUCAGAGACCGAGUGGCGCACUAGAACAAUUUUACAAUUCGUCAAAUUACUACUGUUAUAGUGAGACCAAUUAGAAGCGCGCAAAUAGGCAGCUGUUUUAAGCAUACUUAUCUCUUUAUAGACAUCGAAUGUUGCGGUAUAAAAUUCUGGUUUGAAAGAUAGAGCAAAGCGGGACGAAAAAGUAUUUUUGUAUUGCUAAAAGACAUCAAUUUAAGACGUCCACUAGAGUGUAGGUUUAGGCAAUAGUUAUUCUUGUUUGCAUUGGGCAUUAGCGAAGGAAGAGUUCAAAAGUUGAGAAUACAAUAAUUCAAAAUAAAAAAAUUCUUCAGAUUCGUUUUCACAGCAGUAUAAAACACCAAAAGCUCUAGAACUCGUCUGUACAUAAUUUACCCAAAUCAAGGUAUUAUGACAGAUGAAUGUAGCGCAACAGCUCCGGUCAUUGAAGGGUCAUAGCAUUCAAUUUAACCAUCUUUACUAUAUCUAGUUCUGUCUUUUGCAAGGUGGCUCGUGAUUAACCCCGUCGAUAUCAAAAUAGUGCGUUCAUAGUAAAAAGCGUUUAAAGCCUGGACGUAUUUUAUUUGUGAUAAGUACACAAGGUAGCAACUAUCAGCACACAGUCAAAAAACAUUUUACUGCUGCUCAUUCACAGCGUAGCACCGAAACAAUGUGCCAGUGCCGGUAUUCUCGACAGGCGGAUGCCAACAAUGAAAUUUAACGAUCAACUGUGACGAUUUCAUUAAAAUAUCAAUUGCAAUGUGAAAGAAAAAAACCUAAUGUAGCAAACAAAUUCGAAUUUCAAAUCAAAACAUGGCAAUAAUAAAAUACAUUUCAAACAACUUAAGAUAACUGCAA